AUUAUGAGACUGAGUAGAGAAUCACUGAGUGGGACAGCUGCUGGGCAAGUCGUCAACUUACUCUCAAACGAUGUUAAUCGGUUUGAUUCUGUAGCAUUAUAUCUACAUGUUAUUUGGGCAAUACCUUUUCAAAUAGCUUUGUUGACUUAUUUUCUUUGGCAACAGGUUCAGCUAUCUUGCUUGGUAGGAAUAAUAUCGACGAUUUUUGUGAGCUUACCUAUUCAAGGAUACAUAGGAAAAGAAUGUGGAAAGCUGAGGCAGCUCAUAGCAGAGAAAACUGACAAAAGAAUGAAGUUGAUGAAUAGUUUAGUGUCUGGAAUACAAGUCAUAAAGAUGUACGCCUGGGAAAAGUCAUUCGAAAAAGUCGUCAAUGCGGCAAGAGCUUCAGAAAUCAACGACAUAAUGCGAACAUCAUAUCGAAGAGCAAUAUUGUUGAGUUUCAUGGUUUAUAUCCAGAAAAUUGCCUUAUUCGUAACUGUGACAUGUUAUUUUUUACUAGGAAAUGUAAUCACUGCGGAAAAAAUGUUUUCCAUGGCUCAGUUCUUCAAUAUUCUAAGGAAUUCAACGUCCUUUCUUUUUCCCUAUGCAGUGAGCAAUGGUUCUGAAGCGUUGACGUCCGUUAAAAGACUAGAGAUGUUUCUCCUUCUAGAUGAACAACAAACAAUACGUAAUGAAAUCAAUGAAGGAGAGGAGGUAACGCUGACAAAUGUUUCCGCUUGUUGGGUUCCCAAAAACUUUACACUGACAAACAUAACCCUACGAAUUCCACCAGGAUCAUUAUGUGCCGUCAUUGGACCAGUGGGAUCAGGAAAAAGCUCAUUUCUACAG